GGUUUCUUAGAUAGAGCAGCAGCUCGCUGUUUAUCUCAAGGAACAAAUGCAUGGACAGCAACAGAUCAUACUAAUUAUACACUAGAGACUGCAGGUUAUGAGGGUUUAUUCAAUUUAUUACCUGUGUAUAUGGAGCAUAUAUUUUUACCGACAUUAAAAGAUGAUUCUUUCUUAACAGAAGUUCAUCACUUUAAGCCUGAUGGCACCAGUGCAGAUGCUGCUGCUGAUGGUAGUGCAGCAGCAGCAGCAGGAGCAGCAGCAGGAGCAGGAGCAGGUGCAGCAGCAGGAGUAGAUAGUAGUAAUAAGGAUAAUGAUGCAGCAGCAGCAGCAGCAGCAGCAGCAGCAGAAGUAGCAAAGACAGCAGAAGAAGCAAGAAAGAUAUCUGAGGAAGCAGCAGCAGCAGCAGCAGCAGCACAUAAUAUUUCCUUAGAUAUAUUUAAUCGUCCUUUUUCUUAUUAUGGUCCUCCUUGGUCUUCCCCUAUAAAUAUACCUCCUUUCCUUGGUGACGAAGAAGAAGAAGAAGAAGAAAAAGAAAAAGACAGCAGCAGCAGCAGCAGCAACAGCAGCAGCAGCAGCAGCAGCAGCAACAGCAGCAGCAGCAGCAAGAGUAAGAUAAAAGUAAUAGAUGACAUAACCGUCAAAGAUAUAAGUGAUAAAGAGAUCUACAUAACAGCAACAACACCACCAACCCCCAGCACCACCAUCAGCAGCAGCAGCAGCAGCAGCAGCAGCAGCAGCAGCAGCAGCAGCAGCAGCAGCAUGAGUAGUAUGGAAAAAAAAAAAAAAGGAAAAAGUAUAAUAAAAAUAAUUAAGUACCCUAGUGAUGAGAAAGAAGGGGGCUUAUUAUUAAUUGGAUACAGAGGAGCUAAUGAUCUUAUGCUUCCUCAUCUACAUCUGCAGCAGCAAAUGCUGCAGCAGCAGCAGCAGCAGCAGCAGCAGAAGGGGAGGAAGAAGAAGAAGCAGCAGCAGCAGCAGCAGCAGCUACAGGGAGAGGGAGACGGAGACGGAGAGGUAGAGAAGAUGGAUGAGGAACAGGGAGAACAGCAGCAGCAGCAACAGCAACAGCAGCAGCAGCAGCAGCAGCAGAAGGGAGGAGAAGAAGAUGAUGAUGAUGACGAAGAAGAAGGAAUAUUAGAGGAAGCACAAGAGCAGCAAAGUUUAUUUGUUGCUAAUAAAAUAAGAGAAGCAAUUGCUGCUGCUGCAGCAGCAGCAGCAGCAGACUUCGAUCUUAAUAAGAUCCAUCAAUUAAUUAAGAGAGAAUUGCUGCAGUACUCCUUCGCCUUAGAACAUUCACCACAUAGUACAAUAUUGGAGUUAUUUAUAGAGUAUUUUUUGUAUGGCAGCAACCCCACAGAUUUGCUGCAGCAGUGCGAUCUAUGGGCAACAGCAGCAGAGCUGCUGCAGCAGCCUGCUGCUUAUUGGCAGCAGCAGCUAGAUGAGUAUUUUGUUGCUGCUCCUGCUGCAGUAGUUUGCUGCUGGCCUUCUCGUCGUUUACAGAAGCAAUUAGCAGCAGCAGAUGCAGCAGCAGCAUCAUAUAUAGUAGAUAAGGAGAGCGAUAUUGAGGUGUCUAGGGAGGAAGCAGCAAUAUUAGAUAUAGAGGAUAAGGAUAUAAGAAGAGGAGCAGCAUUAUCUAUAGCAGCAGCAGCAGCAGCAGCAGCAAAAGAUACAGGAGGUAAUAAAGAUGCAAUAACAGCAGCAGCAGCAGCAGCAGCAGCAGCAGAUCGUAUACUUAUUCCUUAUACAUUAGUAUCUCAAUUGCUGCUGCAGCAUACAACUCAUCAUAGUAUAGCAGCAGCAGCAAAAGAUCUUGCUUAUGCUGCUGCAGAUACAACAGCAACAGAUUCAGAUACAGAUACAGAGGAAGAGGAAGAAGAAGAAGAAGAGGAGGAGGAAGGAGAGGAGGAAGGAGAGGAGGAAGAAGAAGGAGAGGAAGAGGAGGAGGAGGAGGAGGAGGAGGGAGAGGAAGAGGAGGAGGAGGAGGGAGAGGAAGAGGAAGAAGGUGCAGCAACAGCAGCAGGAAAGGAGGGAAAAAGAAAAGGAAAAGGAGAAAUAGAUCCAACAGAUGUAGAGGAAGCAGCAAAUGCAGCAGCAACAGCAGCAGCAGAUAAAGAGGGUGCAACAGCUGCAGAUAUAGCUGCUGCUGCAGCAGAAGCAGCAACAGCAGCAGCAGCAGCAGCAGCAAAAAAAGGAAUAAUAUAUAAACCAGCUGCAACAGCAAAACUUAUUCCCCUCUAUAAGGAACUAUUUGCACCGCAGCAGCUGCUGCUGCAUGUUGCUGCUGCUGCUGCUAAGUUACCUCCUUCUUUUAUGUCUACUGUUAAUAAACUCCUUGGUGGAGACGAGCAGCAGCAGCAACAGCAGCAGCAGCAGCAGCAACAGCAGCAGCAGCAACAGCAGCAGCAGGAUACUUCCUUCCCUAGGAAUACUUAUCCUCAUACACAUUUAGAUCUCCGCCUAUCUGCUCAUGAUAUAAGACAACCUCUUACUAACUGCAGCAGCAGCAGCAGCAACAGCAGCAGCAGCAACGGCAACAGCAGCAGCAGCAGCAACAACAACAACAACAAGUGUGCUGCUGCAACGACAGCAAAAGAAGGAGAAGGAGCAGCAGAAGCAGCAGCAACAACAACAACAACAAAGACAGCAGCAGCAAGAUCAGCAGAAGCAGCAAUAGAAUUAGCAGCAGCAGCAGCAGCAGCAGCAGAUGUUCGUAUAGUAGUAGGAUUAGGCAGCAGCGCAGCAACUUAUCUUGAAUUAACAAUCAAUAUGCCUUAUGGAUAUUAUAACACUAAUAAAGUGUUUUGUCCUCUAUUAAUUGUAUGUGAAUCCUUCUCUAUGAUGGAAGGGUUAUUAUUCCGUGUUGUACGAGGAGGAGGGUUUGCUUAUGGUUGCGAUUUAUCUUAUAAUGCUGACGCGGGUUUAUUAACCCUAAGAUUUUCUCCUGCUACUGAUGCUGUCGGGGCAUUAGAGGCAACAUUUAAGGCUUUCCUUCCUUACGCCACGGGGGAGGCAAAAUUAACAACAGAAGAAAUAAAAGCCGCUAAAUCUUCUCUUAUCUGCUCUAUUGUUGGGUAA